UCUUCCCAUCUCCUCAAUCCUAACCUCCUCUGGUCUGCGGAAUUGACCGCCAUGACCUCCCAAACCGGCUCCGCCGACUCAUCAUGGCUCACAGCCGAGAUCAAAGAAGAGGCUGCAUCCAUGUACCUCGAGCCGUCGUCCCUGGGCUUCGCCCGCCUCCUCGACGACAACGACCCCCUCGCCCGUCUGCGGCAGGAGUACCACCUUCCCCUACGCGAAGCUGCCGCUCACUCAGCAUGGCCCUCCGACAAGGCCGCUCCGAAACCUUCAUCAUCCAAACCGGCCUUGUACCUCUGCGGCAAUUCCCUGGGACCAAUGGCAAAGCGCACGCACCAGUACGUGAGCGAAGAGCUCGAUGCUUGGGCCACGCAUUCCGUCUUGGGGCACUUCAACCACCCAAAGGGGUCAGAUAGGCAAUGGACGCAGAUGGAGCAGACGCCACAGCGUAUCAUGAGCGACAUCGUCGGGGCAAAGCCGUCGGAGGUGGCCCUGAACAACACAUUGACGUCGAAUCUGCACACCCUCUUAGCUACCUUCUAUCGUCCGCUGGCUGUGCCACAAGGCGUAGGGAGCAGCGGCAGCGCUAAUGGCAAAAUGCGCCACAAGAUCAUUCACGAGCGCAGCCCCUUCCCCUCGGAUGGGUACACCCUCACCUCCAUCGCUCAGCUCAACAAUCUCGACCCAGAGCAGACGCUCGUCCCGCUCUCCCCCCGCACCGGCGAGGACACGCUCCGCACAGAGGACAUCCUCUCGACCAUGGAGCGCGAAGCGGCAACAGGAGAAUGCUGGGGCAUCUUACUCGGCUCAGUGCAAUACCUCACCGGCCAGGCUUUCGAACUGGGCAAGAUAGCAGCAAAGGCUCAUGAGCUAGGCAUCUUCGUCGCCUAUGACUUGGCCCACGCCUUCGCCAAUGUACCUCUUGCCCUGCAUGACUGGGGCGUAGACUUUGCGGCGUGGUGCACGUAUAAGUACGGCUCUUCUGGCCCUGGUGGCAUUGGAGGCAUGUUCGUUCAUGAGAAGUGGCAUGACAAGGCGCUGCAGAGGCCAGCGGGUUGGUGGGGCCACAACAAGGCGACGCGAUUUGCCAUGCCCAAGGAGUUCGACCCGAUGCGUGGAGCGGCCGGUUGGCAGCAGAGCAACCCUAGCGCGCUGGAUGUUGCGGCGUUGAGGGGUAGCUUGGAGACCUUGGCGCUUAGUCUCGAUCUCGCCGGCAAUGCUCAAGGAGGCUUUGCGAGCGAGGCAUGGCAGAAGGAGCGGGAAGGACAGGACAAAAUUGGGUACGGUAGCAUCAUGCCCCUGCUAAGGGCUAAGUCGCUCAAGCUUACAGGCUAUAUGGAGCAUCUUCUCUUCGAGGUUCCGGAGAACAAGGCCAUUUUUGAGAAGGUGGGCAUCAAGCUUGUCUCACCGGACGACCCGGAGCAACGUGGCUCUCAGUUGACGAUCAGGGUCCCAAACGCUGCGGCGAACGGCUCAUCCCAGAGCAACGGCAACACGGACGACUCCCCCGCCGCAGCCCCCGCCGUAGCUGGCCCGACGGCCAAGGGCACGCUCGUCUCCCGGGUGCAGGCGCACGCAGAGGAGCACUUUGGGCUCAUUGCAGACAUCCGCAAUCCAGAUGUACUUAGGUUGGCGCCCCUCGCUCAGUACUCGACGUUCGAAGACGUAUGGCGGGCAGUGCAGGCGCUGAAGGAAAGCGUUGAGGCAGUGUCAGGGGCGUGAUGAGAAGCUGGGGUGCCAAGAGAAUGGUAUUGAUCACUCAUAGUAACCCACGUCAUUGAAUGCGAAUGAGUGUCUCAUUUCUCAGUUGUGCUUCUUCAAUUAGAUCUAUGACGCUCAAGC